ACACGCGAUGACCGUCCCCACCGCAAGCACCUUCUGCUCUCCACUCACUCCGUCGGCCAAUGAUUCUUAAUCCGUCUACCAGGCGAGACUAUUUUUGUCAUCACUUCGAGCCAUCACCCAUUACUACCUUCCAUCCACGGCUUGCAAAAGCACGUGGUGCCGCACGAACCUUGUAACAUAUUGAAGCCACUACCUUCGAUCAUACCAUACACCACACCGCCAACAUGUCCCUAUCCUCCCUCCUCACCCCGCUCACCCUCCCCCUGGCCUCCCUCCUCGCCCUCCCCCUCCUCUCAUCCUGGUCCACCUCGCUCAACCUCCUCUUCAUAUCUCUCACCUGGACCACCCUCGCCCUCUCCUACUCCCCUCUCCAGCUCGAAUUCUUCGGCCCGCUCCUCCUCCGCAGCACUCUGUACCUGUUGCCGUCCCUCCUGUUCCUUUCCUUCGACACGCUCAUCCCUUCUCUCGCCGUCGAGUUCAAAGCGCAGGGUGAGCGCGGCCUGCCCGCGCGGCAGCGCGGCGGGGCCGGGAAAAUCAGGAAUGUCGUGUUUUGGAGCGUGGCGAAUGUGCUGCUGGGGGUCGCGCUGCAGGGGGGAAUUGAGUUCCUUGUCACCGAUGGGCUGAGGAUGAGGAGUCUGCUGGUUGUGAAGGGGAGUAGGUGGAGUUUGAAUCAUCUGCCGAAUCCGUGGGGCGUGGUGAAGCAUCUGGGCAUGGGGAUUGUGUCGCGAAACAUCCUGCAAUACUACAUCCACCGCGACCUCCUGCACAGCACCACCGGCGGCUUCAUCGCCAGACUCCACCAAGAAUGGCACCAUAGCGUCACCGCACCUUACUCCUUCGUCGCAGCCUACGACCACCCCCUACCCUACCUCCUCCACCGCUUCCUCCCGCUCUACCUCCCCGCCAUCACCUUCAGAUUCCAUCUCACAACCUACCUCAUCAUGAUCGCGCUGACCUCGCUCGAGGAGCUCUUCACCUACUCCGGGUACAGCGUGUUGCCUUCGACAAUCAUGCUGAAGGGGAUGGCGCGGAGGGUGGAUGCGCAUAUGAGGAGCGGUGGUGAGGGGAAUUUCGGGCCGUUGGGCGUGCUGGACUGGAUCAAUGGGACGACACUGGGGGGCAGGAAUGUGACCGAUGAUUUGGGUGAUGAGGUCGAGAAGCACCAUGUGGAGGAGAGGGCGAAUGGCAUGGCGAGUAAAUUGAAGAGUAAAGCGAGGAAAGGCAAGGGUAGGGGCUGA